GCUUCUCUCUGGCCAGUCGCGCGUGGGCUGAGGCCCUGGGCGGGCGUUGCGAAGGGUUGUUUCCUUGAGUCCGGUACGCCGCGGGCCGGGGUUUCCUUCCGCGGGGACGAAGGGGUGCAGACCCCCAAACUAGGGUGAAUGGCCUGUCGCAAGUGCUGCUAAGGGUAGGGUGGGGUGCACGGGGCCCGGGGUGCGACCAUGAACUCGCCCGUGGACCCCGGCGCUAGGCAAGCGCUGAAGAAGAAGCCGCCGGAGCGGACCCCGGAGGACUUAAACACUAUUUAUGCUUAUCUUCAUGGAAUGGAAAUAUUAUCAAACCUCAGGGAACAUCAGCUUAGAUUAAUGUCUGCAAGAGCACGCUAUGAGAGAUACAGUGGCAAUCAGAUUCUUUUUUGUUCAGAAACUAUUGCCAGAUGUUGGUACAUCCUGCUUUCUGGAUCUGUGCUUAUGAAAGACUCCAUGGUCUUGCCUCCUUGCAGUUUUGGUAAGCAGUUUGGAGGAAAAAGAGGAUGUGAUUGUCUUGUAUUAGAGCCUUCAGAAAUGAUUGUGGUAGAGAAUUCCAAAGAUAAUGAAGACAAUAUUCUCCAAAGAGAAAUUCCGGCCAGACAGUCCCGCCGAAGGUUCCGGAAAAUUAACCAUAAGGGAGAGCGCCAAACCAUUACUGACGAUGCAGACACUAACAGCUACCUUUCACUUCCAGCCGAUCUUACGAAGAUGCACAUUGCAGACAGCCCUCACCCACAGGUGACUCACGUGUCCUCCAGUCAGUCUGGCUGUAGCAUCGCCAGUGACUCUGGGAGCAGCAGUUUGUCUGAUAUCUAUCAGGCUACGGAAAGCGAGGUAGGAGAUGUAGAUUUAACCCGUCUUCCUGAGGGACCUGUUGAUUCCGAAGACGAAGAAGAGGAAGAUGAAGAAAUUGAUCGAACGGAUCCACUGCACGGGCGAGAUCUUGUUCGUGAAUGUCUCGAAAAAGAACCUGCAGACAAAACUGAUGACGACAUUGAGCAGUUACUGGAGUUCAUGCACCAGCUCCCUGCUUUUGCGAACAUGACCAUGAGCGUGAGGAGAGAACUCUGCUCGGUGAUGAUUUUUGAAGUGGUGGAGCAGGCUGGAGCCGUAAUUCUCGAAGACGGGCAAGAGCUUGACUCAUGGUAUGUUAUUUUAAAUGGCACUGUAGAAAUCAGCCAUUCAGAUGGAAAAGUCGAAAAUCUCUUUAUGGGAAAUAGUUUUGGAAUUACUCCCACUCUGGAUAAGCAGUACAUGAAUGGAGUGGUGAGGACCAAAGUGGAUGAUUGUCAGUUCGUCUGCAUCGCCCAGCAGGACUACUGGAGAAUUUUAAAUCAUGUGGAAAAAAAUACCCAUAAAGUUGAGGAAGAGGGAGAAAUUGUUAUGGUGCAUGAGCACCGAGAACUGGACCGCAGCGGAACCAGGAAAGGACACAUUGUAAUCAAGGCCACACCUGAGCGUCUCAUCAUGCAUUUAAUAGAAGAGCAUUCCAUUGUGGAUCCAACUUACAUAGAAGAUUUUCUGUUAACUUAUAGGACAUUUCUUCAAAGCCCUCUGGAUGUUGGGAUCAAACUUUUGGAAUGGUUUAAAAUUGACAGCUUAAGGGAUAAGGUGACGCGGAUUGUGUUAUUAUGGGUAAACAAUCAUUUUAAUGAUUUUGAAGGCGAUCCUGCUAUGACUCGGUUUCUGGAGGAAUUUGAGAAAAACCUAGAAGAUACGAAAAUGAAUGGUCACCUCCGGUUAUUGAAUAUCGCAUGCGCUGCAAAGGCUAAGUGGAGGCAGGUUGUGCUGCAGAAGGCCUCCCGGGAGUCCCCUCUGCAUUUCAGCCUUAAUGGAGGGAGUGAGAAGGGCUUUGGCAUUUUUGUCGAAGGAGUAGAGCCGGGCAGCAAAGCUGCUGAUGCAGGGCUGAAACGUGGGGAUCAGAUAAUGGAAGUAAAUGGACAGAACUUUGAGAAUAUUACGUUUGUGAAGGCCCUUGAAAUUUUAAGGAAUAAUACUCACCUUGCACUUACUGUAAAGACCAACAUUUUUGUGUUUAAAGAGUUACUUAGUAGGACUGAACAAGAAAAAUCUGGUGUUCCUCAUAUUCCCAAAAUUGCUGAAAAAAGAAGUAAUCGCCAUUCAAUACAGGAUGUACCAGGAGAUAUUGAGCAGAUACCACAGGAGAAGGGGCAUAAGAAAGUAAAAGCAAAUACUGUUUCAGGUGGAAGAAACAAAAUCCGGAAAAUUUUGGAUAAAACACGCUUUAGUAUCUUGCCUCCCAAACUGUUUAGUGACGGAGGCCUGAGCCAGUCGCAGGAUGACAGCAUUGUGGGAACGAGGCACUGCAGACACAGUCUGGCCAUCAUGCCCAUCCCUGGGACGCUGUCCUCCAGCAGCCCGGACCUCCUGCAGCCCACCACCAGCAUGCUGGACUUCUCCAACCCCUCAGAUAUUCCUGAUCAAGUUAUACGAGUUUUCAAAGCAGAUCAGCAGAGUUGCUACAUCAUCAUCAGUAAAGACACCACAGCUAAGGAAGUUGUUUGUCACGCUGUGCACGAGUUUGGGCUGACCGGCGCGCCCGACACAUACUCUCUCUGUGAGGUUUCUGUUACUCCUGAGGGCGUCAUAAAGCAACGGAGACUUCCGGACCAGUUUUCCAAAUUAGCUGAUAGGAUUCAGCUCAACGGAAGGUACUAUUUAAAAAACAACAUGGAGACAGAGACCCUGUGCUCAGACGAAGACGCGCAGGAGCUGGUUAAGGAGAGCCAGCUGUCCCUGCUGCAGCUCAGCACCGUCGAGCUGGCCGCUCAGCUGUCCAUGAGGGACUUCGAUCUGUUCCGCAACAUCGAGCCUACCGAGUACAUCGAUGACCUUUUCAAGUUGGAGUCUAAAACAGGAAAUGCUCACUUGAAAGAGUUUGAGGACAUCGUAAACCAAGAGACAUUCUGGGUUGCCUCGGAGGUUUUAACUGAGUCAAAUCAGCUUAAACGAAUGAAGAUUAUUAAGCAUUUCAUUAAAAUUGCUCUUCACUGUCGUGAAUGUAAGAACUUCAAUUCCAUGUUUGCAAUAAUAAGUGGCUUAAACCUAGCGUCUGUGGCACGACUCAGAGGCACUUGGGAAAAGUUACCAAGCAAGUAUGAGAAGCACCUGCAAGAUCUCCAAGACCUUUUUGAUCCAUCUAGAAACAUGGCAAAGUACAGAAAUAUUCUUAGUAGUCAGAGCAUGCAGCCUCCAAUUAUUCCACUCUUCCCCGUUGUCAAGAAAGACAUGACAUUUCUACAUGAAGGAAAUGACUCCAAGGUAGAUGGUUUAGUCAAUUUUGAGAAGCUAAGAAUGAUUGCCAAGGAAAUCCGUCAGGUCGUUCGAAUGACGUCUGCUAAUAUGGACCCAGCUAUGAUGUUCCGACAGAGGAAGAAGAGGUGGCGGAGUCUGGGGUCCCUGAGUCAAGGCAGCACAAACUCGAACCUGCUGGACGUUCAAGGAGGCGCUCACAAGAAGAGAGCGCGCCGCAGUUCUCUGCUCAACGCCAAGAAGCUCUACGAGGACGCCCAGAUGGCAAGGAAAGUGAAGCAGUAUCUGUCCGGUCUGGACGUGGAGACAGACGAGGAGAAGUUCCAGAUGACGUCACUGCAGUUGGAGCCCGCGUAUGGCACCUUGACCAAGAAUUUGACUGAGAAGAGAUUGGCCAGGUCAGCAGAAAUGUCUCCAGUGCCUCCGCGGUCAGCUGGCCAAGCCACUAAAGCCCAUCCGCAUCAGCCCCACAGAGUAAGCCAGGUGCUUCAAGUACCAGCUGUUAAUUUGCACCCCACCAGGAAGAAGGGACAAUCAAAAGACCCUGCCACACUGAGUGCUAGUUCACUGCAGAAAGUUUCAGGAACAGCUGAAGAAAUACGCAGUAAAAAACAUACUGAAGACACUAUGUCCGUGACGUCAUCCUUACAUUCAAGUCCUCCCGGGUCCCCGCAUGGCUCCCCACACAAAGGUUAUGCACUUGCACCGUCAGCUAAAUCUGACAACCUGUCUGACUCCAGCCACAGCGAGAUUUCUUCGAGGUCCAGCAUUGUGAGCAACUGCUCUGCCGACUCCGUGUCUGCAGCUCUGCAGGAUGAACGGUGCUCCUCCCAGGUGCUCACAGUCCCUGAGUCCACAGGGGCGUCGGAAAAGACAGAGCACUCCUCGGGGACAGGAGACCACAGUCAGCUUGGCCCCGGGUGGACAGUGUCAAGGCCUUCUCUCAUCAAGAGCUUAGCCGUCUCGUCCUCCAUGAGCAGUGACGAGAUCUCCCAUGAGCACAUUGUCCUGGAUGCAGCCGACAGUGGUCGUGGAAGCUGGACUUCCUGUUCGAGCAGUUCCCAUGACAACUUCCAAAGCCUCCCAAACCCAAAAGGCUGGGAUUUUUUGAACUCUUACCGACAUACCCAUUUGGAUGGCCCCAUUGCUGAAGUUGAACCCACCGACUGUGAGCCCUAUUCCUGCCCGAAAGGCUGCCCUAGAACUUGUGGCCAGUGUAAAGGCAGCCUCGAGACCAGUCAGAUGAGACAGAGUUGGGCCUCCUCCAGUUCCCUGUCGGAGGCGCUCGAACCGAACUACGGGACGGUGAGGCGGAGGGCGUUGGAGAGCGCGCCCACUGACUCACCGGAGGGCUUCAACCCGAAGGACGGCACCGACCCCGUUUAUAAAACUGUCACUUCAAGUACAGAAAAGGGCUUGAUUGUGUACUGUGUCACCUCCCCCAAGAAGGAGGACAGGUACAGGGAGCCACCGCCCACGCCUCCCGGGUACAUGGGGAUUUCUUUAGCGGACCUAAAGGAAGGGCCCCACCUGCACCUCAGACCUCCGGAGUACAGCGUGGCAGUGCGGAGGUCGAAGAUGAUGCAGAGCAGCCUGUGCAGACUGCCACCAGCCUCUCUCAGUAGCAAGCCCGUGGCCUGUGUUCCGUCCAGGAUUGUGACGCAGCCUCAGAGGCAGGGUCUGCAGCCGUCCCAUCCCAAACUAGCAGACGCGGCUGACGCAGACAGCGAAGCAGAUGAGAAUGAACAGGUUUCGGCAGUCUAGCUGGAAGUCCUGAGGGAGGAGCCGGCAGAACCGCCCGUGCAGCCCGGCCAUUGCAGCUCACAGCCGGCUGCUGCCGCUCACCAGCAGGUCUCCAGCCCUGCGCCCUGGAGCGACGCGAGCCCCGGAGCAAUGCCGAGCCUGCUGACAUUAGUCCCUGCAAGUGCAGUGUCCUCAGCUGUGGGUGUUGUGCCUGGAUGUGUCCUCACUCUGCCCACGGAACCUGCCUUGGGGCUGUAGUGACUAGAGCAAAUGGAAACUCAAGGGUCCUCCCCAUGUAUAAUAAUCACUAUAGAUUUUCCUUUAACAGGUUAUUUUUAAGGUAGUAGUAGCAUUUCCCAGCCAUAGCUUGGGCUGAUGGACAGAUUCGGGAUGUCUGCCAAUACCAGGGCUGUCCCUGUGUAUUUGAAAAGUAACUUAUUAUUUGAAGUGUUGAGGUUUUGUCUGUCUUCGGGAGCUCUCAUUAGUUGAUGUUUAUGUUUGAGGCUGUAGACUGUCUCUGGUUGACCAGACGGAAGUCGUCUUUGCAGAAGGACAUGCGUGACCUGCACAGAACCGGAGCGAUCCGUUGCACCGCUGCAGUGCGGCGUCUCAGUGUGAGCAGCAGAGGGGCCCUCCGUGGAUGAGGUGUCGGGGAGCAGAGUGGUCCCACCUUCUGGCCCCUCUUUGGGAGGCCAGAGGACUUGCCACAGGGAUUCUUCUCAGUCCUUAGGGAGAGGGAGGUGGCAGUUAUAAUUUCCAAAAGAUGAAAUUCUUAUGUUAAAUAACAUGUACCCCAAUUCUUUCUGAACGGAAAGGUAUGCUGCAUCUAACUAAAAGUAUAAACCCAGUAAACAGAACGGGUUGUAGAGUGUUUUACCCUGUAGAAACCCAGAACUAAAAUGUUCUCAACUCACAUACGGAGUUCUUUUUUUUAAAGAGGCGAGGUCAUUUGUGGUGUGACCAGGAAGAUGACUUUAGCCUCGGGCGGUGCUCUGCCACACCCUCCCCCCUCCCCGCAGCGCCAGGCCGACUGGUCCUGCGGCCGGCGGGGCAGCGAGGCCGCCUGCAGCAAAGCUCUCCGCUCACCAAGGCAAACAGUUGGUCCAGAUUGUGUGGGGAAGAGGAGCUGGAAUCAUGGAAAUGGUCGUCUCUCGGUUCCCAGUCCAGCCCCUGAGAGCAAGUGUGUCUUUACACAGACUGUUGGGUGUGGCACUCUUACAUAUUUAUUUAAAAUUUCAUCGAUUGUUUAGUGGACAAGCUAGACUUUCCACAUUUUUACAAAUGAAAUAUAAUGUCUUCUGUAUCUUUUUAGUGUAAAGGCAAGUGAGAGCCUAAUAAACUUCUGUGAGCACCCAACUUCCCCCCCGCCCCAAAAAAAAAAAAAAAAAACCCAAAGCCAUUAAUGUGCACUGCCCAGGUCAGCUUGGAGCCAAAAGAGUCUUUCUUCUGCGUGGCUGUCCUGUGUGAGUGUGCAGGGUUUGCUUGGCCGUGACUUCCUUCCCGGCUGCUGCAUCCCUGCCUCUGUCCCUGCGUCUUAGAAUCAUAAGUCAGCUCCAGGUGAUAGGCGGCAGGACUGUCUUUUUCAUCAAAGCGAUUGUUUCUUCCCUUUUGGAAAAAUAGCACAUCUGAAAAAUCGCCCUGGGCAAAGGGAUGUUAACCUGAAACGUAAGCCUUAGCAAUGAGCCCAGGUGCGUCAGAAUGAGCCCAUGGUCUCCAAAGGAGCCCAGAUCGAAAGUCCUGGUUUGAAAGUCACACUGUAGGGCUUCGACCUGGAAACGGCCACCUCUGGUCACAGAUUUUUGCUGUGACCAUCUUUUCGUCAGGUUUAGGAGCGCAGUCUCACCGUCUAAUACCUACCACUCCAGAGUAACUGCGUCCAGCGGGUUUGUGUCUGUUGCAGGUCCUUCACCCGGCCAGUCCUUAGGCCAGUAACUUCGGCACAGAGUGGGAGGCUGUGGGGCUGGGUGUGCACCUUGCAGCCGCCUCUGUCUCACUUGGCUUGAAUUGUGAGCCCUGGCCUUGGCCGAUCACAUCGGUCGGGGACUAAAGCCAGGUGGUGUUAGUGUGACAGUGUGUGUCCCUUACAAAAUCAUGGAGUUCUGAUUGUUGUGUGUUACGGCGCAUGCCUGCCCUCUCUGUCCCAUGACGAGAACAAAAGAAGCCUUAAUCUUUUUUAAUCCAAUUCUAAAUCCUCAUUUGUUUUUUGUUUUGUUUUGUAAACUUAUAACUUCUUAAUAAAGAGGCGCACACCCUCAUUCCCCCCGCAGCUCUGAACCCGCCCGGAUGGUCGAAGCGGCAGACCCACCGUGCACAGCCUCUUUGUGACAAAAGGUUUGCGGAGUCGGUGAAUCCAGUGCCUGUUCCAUAAAGUUUAUUGUGAUGAAAAGAUUCUUCUCCACAUGAUUACUUUCAGUAUGAUCUUUGGGGGAAAAGGCCUUAGACGGUUCUUCAGGAGGGUGACACCAGUCGGGGGCUGUCACCUAUACAGCCCCCAGGCCGGAACGUGACGGCCUCUGAAGAGGGGAGAAAGUUUCCUUGUGGAUUUAAAACAGUGACUGUUGCUCUGACAUGUUUUAAAUCUCUACAACACGGGAUACCCUUCAGGAUUAACGUAAAGGCUGGAACAGGGGAGAAGCAAAUCUCCUGAGUGUCACGGGACGUCGCGGACAGUGGACAUGGACCCGGUCCAUCUGCAGCUUCCGCCGUCCUCAGUCGGGCCUUUCCAGUCCGGUGUGCAGUGUUGUGUCGGUUGUUUGAAACGAAACGUGGAUUUCAGCAAGAGAAACGACCCUGCGCAGCCCCAGCGACCUGACCGCCAUUGUCCCGCACAGUCUGGCGCCUGCCCGCCGUCCUGUAAGGAGCAGGCCGCCUCCUGGUUUUGAUACCUCUUAAACUUAUGUCUUUUAGAAAGACGGUGCCUCUGUACGCUUUUUGUAUUUUUACUGAGUGUAAAUAUUUGUUAUAUUUUUGGUUAACAGAAUGUAAAAAACAUUUAUUAUUCCCCUAUCUACUAAUACUUGGUAAAAUCAAUAAACAGUCUAUGUUAA